AAAUAAUAAAUCUUUGCAAAAGUAUUAGAUAUAACAUGUCUGAAAUUACUUCGGAGUUUGAUGACUACAGGAUCACUCCAAGAGUCGAUUACAGGACUAUCUUGGAUGUCGAGGGACCUCUUGUCAUCCUUGACAAUGUCAAGUUCCCCAAGUACGCCGAAAUUGUCAACGUCCGUCUUGGAGAUGGAUCAAUUAGAAAGGGACAAGUCUUGGAAAUUAUGGGUAAAAGAGCAGUUGUCCAGAUUUUUGAGGGAACACAAGGAAUAGAUAACAUCAAUACUCACAUUGAAUUUACUGGUGACGUCUUAAAGAUGCCAAUCAGUAUUGAAAUGCUUGGUAGAUCAUUCAAUGGAUCAGGAGUUCCCAUUGAUAGUGGACCCCCUGUUUUGGCUGAGAAAUUCUUGGAUAUUAAUGGACAGCCCAUCAACCCAUUCCAGAGAGUAUACCCACAGGAAAUGAUUGAAACUGGUAUUUCUGCCAUUGAUGUGAUGAAUUCCAUCGCUAGAGGACAGAAGAUCCCUCUCUUCUCUGCUGCUGGUCUUCCUCAUAAUGAAAUUGGAGCACAGAUUUGUCGUCAAGCUUCUUUGGUUAACAAAGAAGGCAAAGAUGUACACGAUAAAUCAGAGGAAAACUUUUCUAUUGUAUUCGGUGCUAUGGGAGUCAACAUGGAGACUGCUAGAUACUUCAAGACUGACUUUGAGGUCUAUGGAUCAAUGGACCGUGUUGUCUUAUUCAUGAAUCUUGCCAAUGAUCCUACUAUUGAAAGAAUUAUUACCCCAAGACUUGCUCUCACAACAGCUGAAUACCUUGCUUAUGAGUGUGAUUUGCAUGUUUUGGUUAUUCUGACUGAUAUUUCUUCUUAUGCUGAUGCUUUGAGAGAAAUCUCUGCUGCUAGAGAAGAAGUGCCAGGAAGGAGAGGAUACCCAGGAUACAUGUACACGGAUCUCUCUACCAUCUAUGAGAGAGCAGGAAGAGUUGCAGGUAAAAGUGGAUCAAUCACCCAGCUUCCAAUUCUUACAAUGCCUAAUGAUGAUAUCACCCAUCCAAUCCCAGAUCUGACAGGAUAUAUUACAGAGGGUCAGAUCUUUAUUGACAGAAACUUGCACAACAAGAAUAUUUAUCCUCCAAUCAACGUAUUGCCUUCCUUAUCAAGAUUAAUGAAGUCUGCUAUCGGAGAAGAAUUCACCAGAGAGGAUCAUCCAGAAGUAUCAAAUCAGCUAUAUGCCUUCUAUGCUAUGGGAAAGGAUACUCAAGCAAUGAAAGCCGUUGUUGGAGAAGAGGCCCUUUCAGACGAUGAUAAGCUCUAUUUAGAAUUCCUGGACAAAUUCGAAGGAGAGUUCUUGACUCAGGACCCUCUCGAGAAGAGAAAUAUUUUCAAAUCUCUCGACAAAGCUUGGGACUUGCUUAGAAUCUUCCCUGAGAAACUUCUUAAGAAAAUCAGUCAAGAGAAUCUGAAGAAAUAUUACGAAAGAGGUGAGCAGAUGCUUCGUAAGAACCUUGAGGGUAAUAAGAGACAUAUUGUAGAGGAAGAGAAGAAAGAGUAAUUUCGAAUAAUAACUAUUGACUGCAUUUGUUCAAC